CAGGGGCCGCCGACACUAUAAGUGGCCCAGCCAGGGCCUUGCCUGGGGCUCUGGCCAUGCUCCUCCUCGGGCUGCUGCUGCUGACCGUGCUGGCUGGCGCCCGCCUGCUGUGGAACAAGUGGAAGCUCCGCAGCCUCCACCUCCCGCCUCUUGUGCCCGGCUUCCUGCACCUGCUGCGGCCCAACCUUCCCCUCUAUCUGCUGGGUCUGACCCAGAAACUGGGGCCCGUCUACAGGCUCCGCCUGGGGCUGCGAGAUGUGGUGGUGCUGAACUCCAAGAGGACCAUCGAGGAAGCCAUGAUCAGGAAAUGGGUGGACUUUGCCGGCAGACCCCAGACAGCGUCCUAUAAGCUGGUGUCUCAGCACUACCAGGACCUCUCCCUCGGGGACUACUCCCUGCUCUGGAAGGCUCACAAGAAACUCACCCGCUCAGCUCUGCUGCUGGGCCUCCUUGACUCCACGGAGGGGCUGGUGGAGCAGCUGACCCAGGAGUUCUGUGAGCGCAUGAGAGUCCAGGCCGGCUCCCCUGUGGCCAUCCAGAAGGAGUUCUCUCUCCUCACCUGCACCAUCAUCUGUCACCUCACCUUUGGAGACCAGGAGGACACCUUAGUACAUGCCUUUCAUGACUGUGUCCAGGACUUGAUGAAAACCUGGGAGCAUUGGUCCGUCCAAAUUUUGGACAUCGUUCCCUUUCUCAGGUUCUUCCCCAACCCAGGCCUCCGCAGGCUGAAGCAGGCCUUGGAGAACAGGGACCACAUGGUAGAGAAGCAGCUGAGGCAGCACAAGGAGAGCAUGGUGGCAGGCCAGUGGAGGGACAUGACUGACUAUAUGCUCCAAAGAGUGGGGAAGCCAAGAGCAGGGGAGGGCCGUGGACAGCUCCUCGAAGGACACGUGCAUAUGUCUGUGGUGGACCUGUUCAUUGGUGGCACUGAGACCACGGCGACCACCCUCUCCUGGGCCGUGGCCUUCUUGCUUCACCACCCUGAGAUUCAGCAGCGACUGCAGGAAGAGCUGGAUCGUGAGCUGGGCCCUGGAGCAUCAGGCUCCCGAGUCCCAUACAGAGACCCCACACGGCUGCCCUUGCUCACGGCCACCAUUGCCGAGGUGCUGCGCCUGCGGCCCGUAGUGCCCCUGGCCUUGCCGCACCGUGCCACGCGGCCUAGCAGCAUCUUGGGCUACGACAUCCCCGAGGGCACGGUUGUCAUCCCCAACCUGCAAGGCGCCCACUUAGACGAGACGGUCUGGGAGCGGCCACACGAGUUCCGGCCGGAUCGCUUCCUGGCCCCCGGCACCCGCCCCAGAGUGCUGGCCUUCGGCUGCGGGGCCCGCGUGUGCCUGGGGGAGCCACUGGCGCGCCUGGAGCUGCGCGUGGUGCUGGCGCAGCUGCUGCGGGCCUUCACGCUGCUGCCGCCUGCCGGCGCCCUGCCCUCCCUGCAGCCCCGGCCCCGCGGCGGCGUCAACCUCACCGUGCGGCCUUUCCAGGUGCGGCUGCAGCCCCGGGGCGCAGGGGCCCGGGCGCUGGGCCAGCACCCGUGACGGGGCGGGAUGCACGCCGGCCGCACGCAUGCCUCAGUUUCCCCUUUUAUUACUCCCCGUACAAACCCCUGCCCUCCCCCCCUGUAAACAUGGUGCUGUGAGAUCGCAGAUGGAGAAGGCUCCCUCCGGUGGCUGGACGGUGACGGUGGCCCCGGGCUCCUCUCUGAGCGCGACCCCUCAGUGCUCGGCAGUCAUUCUGGGGCGCCCGAGAGGCGAGCGGCGGUCAGCCUCCCUGGGCCGCUGGGGGCCGGUAGCUUCUUGGCCUCAGCUUCAUUUCCGUGAAGGGCACAGAGAACUCGAAGCCCUUCCAGUAGUACCAGCUCACCCCCUGGGAGGAGAUGUCGAGACAGAGUCAAAGCCACACAUCCCAUCUGCUCCCACCCCUGCCCCUCUGGGGAGAUGGUUCCCAGAAAUCAACGCCUCUCCCACCCCCCACCGACUUCAUGAUCCUCAACUGCCAAGGCCUGAGGCUUCAUCUGAGCUGGCCCUUUACGUCCAAUAAAUCGUGCUCAUGUCUCCCUC